CAGCCCCCUCAAGUCGGGGUACUCUGUAAAAAAAAAAAAAUUGGGGUCCUCCGCCUCCCGCAAUGCCUCCCCCUUCCGCCUCCGCCUCCCGCUUGGCGACCCACUGGAUAGCUGACGCCCUCGCCGACGACGAGUCCCUCGACUUCUCCGUGCUGAAGGCUCUGUUGGGGGACUCGUCGAAGUCCCUCGCGGGAGCCCCGGAGGCCACGCGUGAGCGGGUCGCGCUCCGGUGCAUUCAGGAGGUGUCGUCCGUGAUAGCCUCUGGGGGUGAUGCCGCGGCCCCGGCGGGGGUGCCUAGGGUUGAUGGCGCUUGGUCAUGCGAGGAUGUGUUGUUUCGGCUUAUCAGAGACGUUGGAAGCUCCGGAGAAUUGGAGAAGGAUUUGCUUCCACCUUUAAGUCAAGACAUCCAGGAAUAUAUAUGUACCAAGAAAUUUACACUACCAGAAACUUCUUUCCAGUUGCUUGGAAGUUUUGGAGAAUUGGAGGAUUUGCUUCCACCUUUCAGUCAAGACAUCCAGGAAAAUAUAUGUACAAAGAAAUUUACACUACCAGAAACUUCUUUCCAGUUGAGUUCCAGCGCCGCUUAAGCCCCGCGCCUUGUUCCCCGGUUUCCCCGCGACGGUUGAGCCCGGCUUCUCGGUCCUCGGCCCCAUCCAGGUGUAUCGUCGCCGGUGCACGGUCCCAGCUUCCAACUGGGCUCCAGGGCCUCAGUGUAUCAGGGUUGCAUGAGAUUCAGUGUAGCAGGGUAGCAGGGGAUUCGGUGUAGCAGAGUUUCAGCACCCCCGAAUCCCCUGCGUCCAGCACCUCAUCCAACCAUCCCGUUCUGUAGGUUCAAAGAAGUAAAAAACGGAUGUCAUUCGUCAGUUGUGGAAAUGAAGCACUACGACUUGUGCACAAUGAAUUUGAAUGAAGUGUUGUCGAGAGUAGAAGAGAUGUCACAAGAAGAAGCAUCUGUUUGCGGUCUUAUGGAUAUGGAUGAGCCUAGUCCUCCCAGUUGUGAUGAUUCAGUUGAGGUUGAGGACGACAGUUGCUAUGAAGGUUUAACUGAUGCAGAGUGGGCAGCUGAGAAUUAUGCAGAUUGGGAGGAACUUUAUAACCGUAGUAUGUGAUCUAGGAAAACUAUAAAGUGUCAUGAGAAGUACUAUUGCUGUAGUACCUGAUCCAAGUUGUGAGGACUUCUAUUAUGUUGUAGUAUGUGCUUGUGCUUCUAGUUGUGGUGACUUCUAUUAUGUUGUACUACCUCCGUUCUCGAAUAUUUAUCGUCCGCUAUUUUAUUUUUAAACUAAACCGUGACAAAUAAAAAAACUGAGGGAGUAGUAUGUGAUCUUACAGCGUGUUUGGUUUGCAGCACGGCAUGGAUCCAGAGUGAUCCGAACCUGUAUCCGAGCCUACAAAAUCGUUUGGAUAGCGUCACGGAGUCUACCCAUCCGUCAUCCACUCAUUCCAAAAUACAGCAUAACCCUAGCAGCGACUCGUUCCUCCAAAUCAACCGGAUGAGCUCACUCCGGUUCGUACCUCGCACAGGGGCGGCGGCAAGGCAGCUCUGAGGGGAUCUCGGCGGCGACGACGCGGCGACAGCGACCGCCGGGCUCGAGGAUUCGCACGGAGUGAACAAGGCUGAGCGUCGCCUCAUUCCGACUUCCGAUCCCCAACGGAAAGCGGAGCCAGGACCGGGAGCUGGAGCAGUUGUCUUCCCCCCUCGUCUCCGUCAACUGGUCUUUAAUUCUCUCUUUACACAUAUCUUGGUAUUUAAUUCUCUCAUCACCAGCGUAAGAAAAAACCAUUUGAAGCUAAAUUUUUCAACAAGCCACUUGAGAACUACCAUUACAUGGCUGUUAUAUUUGGGAAUCAUCAAGCAACUGGACUAUUUGCAAAAUGCACCAGUGAUCCCCUAGGUUUCGACACAUCUGAAAGUGCAGGUACAUAUGGUGUGGGUUAUUCUGGAGACUUGGCUGGUCAUGAGAGUAACAAUGCAAGUCCAACUCGUGAUAGUGGAGAAUCAUUGAACCCAAGUGGUCCAAUUCGUGAUGGUGGAGACUCAUCUACUCGAAGUGGUGCAAGAAGGAAGAGAGGGCGCAUGAUGAUGGAAGAUGAGGAUCCAUUGAUAUGCACUGUCACUGAAGCUUUUAAGACUCUUUCAGAUGCAAUCAAGCAGUCAGCACCACAACCACGUCCGAUAAUCCCACCCAACCUAUGGACUAUGAUGAAACAGAUUCCUGUUUUUGAAAGAGAACAUAUAGCACACUACUAUGGCUACUUGUGUGAGAAUCCAGCCCUUGCUUAUGCCUUUCUAGAGAUGGGACUAGAUGAUCAAAUGGUAUGGGUGUCUAGGUACAUCAAGACUCAUCUUUCUGAUUGAUGCAUCAAAAAAGCAGAUUAGCCUAAAACUUGUGUCUGAAACUUUUUAGUUAUUUCUAUGAUGGAUGGAGUCUAUGAAACUUAUCUUUGAACAUUGAUAUGGAUGUUGGAUAACUUCUCAAUUUUAUUUGUAUGCUGGAUAAUGUUGAAUAUGUAUGUUGGAUAAA